GCUGAAACACAAGAAGAAGAACAGGAGUGCUCGAUACCAAGAGAAGCAAGCGGCUUCCCGGCCGAAGGAAGGCGCAGCCAAGGCUCCUCCAUCCAGCAACUUCCUGCAGGUCCAAAAGCUCGCCCAAGGCCUCGCCGAAGGCCUCGCCCAAGGUCUCACCGGCCACGAGCAUCUCACGACCCACGCCAGACAAAAAGGUGCCGAUGCCGAUGCGCCCUCGGCACCUUACUACGUCUCUUCCCAGAACAACAACGAACUGACCGUUGCCUGGACCUUCUCAGGUUCGGACGGCGGCUCGUCAAUCACCAGCUGGAACAUCUACUACGCCCUGGGCUUUGCAGCUUCGAACUGGCCUGCAGCCAGCUCGCCAAGUGCGACGACGACCGUGGGCACGGAGCAGGUGGUGGUGGAUUGCACCGGCAUCAGUGGCCAAGAUCGGUCACAGAACUUUGUGUACAUCAGGGUUGCUGCAGUGACCGGCGUGGGCGUCGGCCAGUACUCUCCCAUCAGCCGCCUGUUCUGCGCGGACAAGCCCGCUGCACCAACGGUGACCAACGGCUAUUCUGGCUCUUCGAAUGCGGUGACAGUGAACUUUGCGGAGGGUACGCUGAAUGGCGCGGAGCUCUUGGCCUUCAAGAUCUACAUGGAUGACGGUCUCGGCGGCGCCGUGGCCCUGCGUGACACGGUUGCGGACACGUCUUCGCGGUCCUACACCGCAACUGGUCUGACCGCGAAUUCCGUGUACGUCGUGCAGGUCAGUGUGGUGACCACCACGGCCGAGUCGGAUCUCUCGACAGCUUUGACGCUGCGAUCUUGCCCACUGCCGGACACCCCAAAUGCACCCUCCCGAAAAGCUUCCACUGCGACCACGAUCACGCUGGAGUGGACGGCGCCGGCUGACAAUGGCUGCCCAAUCACAGGGUAUCGUGUCUACAUCGACACAAACCUGGAUGGUACAUCGGACGGUGAGAUCUAUCCAGGAGUUGGCGAUGACACGGAUCCUUUGGACACAAAUCUGGUUGCAAACGUGGUGGAGUACCAACACACAGGCCUCUCAUCUGGCACGCUCUACGCCUUCCGGGUGCGUGCCUACAACAGCGGCGGCUUCGUCGAGAGCAAUUGGGUCUCCAUCAAGGCAGCAGGCGAGCCUGCUCAAAUGUCACCACCCACUCAGGAUGCAAGCACCGGCAGCGCCACCAGCAUCGUCCUGGUCUACAGCGUGCCCAGCAUGGAAGGCGGCAAUGCAGUUGGCUUCAAGGUCUACCGCAACAACGGCGGCGCCACGGCGAUGAAUGGCUCACCGGAUUCGACGUGCAACAGGGACACGGUCCCUGCACCGCAGACCUGCACAUUGACUGGCCUCAACUCUGGAGACACGUAUGCCGUGCAGAUGCUGGCCAUCAACGAUGUUGGGGAAGGAGCGCUCUCGACGGUUGCCACCCUCUUCGCUGCCGCGAUCCCCGCGCAGAUCACAGACCUCGUGAACACAGCGGGCGCACUCACGCCCUCCCUCAGCUUCACUUGGACGGCCCCCUCGGAUAACGGGGCUUUCAUCUACAACUACUUGGGUGAGAUGAGGGACGUCGCGGCCGGCACGACGCAGGCCUGGGACGCCGGAGGCAGCAGCGGCUCGCCCCAGACAUCGACCACUUGGACCCUCACGGGCUUGAACUUGGCUGCGACGAAGCAGUUCCAGUUCCGCGUGCGGGCGGUCAACAAGAUGGGCAGCGGCACCUGGUCCAGCUGGUCGUCGCUCACCGACCCUCCACGUGGCUACUGCUUGGAUGCCCCCAACACGCCUGCGAACUUCGGAAGGCAUUCGGGUGUCACGGCCGUCAGUGGUGAGAUCUCAGUCAGUUGGGAUCCUUUGCUGACGGAUGCUGAAGCUGGAGGAGACAAUGUGGACAACAUCAUCUAUGAGGUUUAUGCAGGAACCUCAACUGGAAGCAUGACGAAGCAGACGACAGUGAACGACUACGACACGAACUUUACUCUGGCAGUGUCGGCAGGCACCACUUACUACUUCCAAGUUCGUGCCGUGAACGUGGCUGGCGUCGGCUCUUCGUGGGCCGGGCCGAUCGAGCUGGUGAGCGCGGAGGUUCCCGGCGAGCCGACGCUCCUCUCUUGCACAAGCACGGUGUCGGAACAGGUCGACAUCUCCUGGACGCCCAACGCAUUCAACGGCAACUCCAUGGUCACUCAUUACAUCGUCAGCGAAGACAACUUCACCAACUCCACGGAGCAGAUGGCAGAGGUCAGCAACACCAUUACCACAUACAGCUUCACGGGUCAAGACCCAAGUGGCCCUAUUCACUAUGGCGUCCGAUCGGUCAAUUCCGUCGGCCAGAGCUCCGAAGCGAUGUGUACCGUGACACCCAUCGCAUAA